CUGUCUACAAAGAAAAGUGAAAUGGUAGGUGUUAAUCUAAUUAUACACAUAUUAUAUAUGAAUUUUAUUAUUGACCAAACCAUUGAUUACAUCAAAACAUUAUACAAAUUGUACUUGGUAGGUUUUACUUGGUGUUAUGGACAAAGAUGAGAGUAGAGUUGCAGAUACCAUCGACAUUGUAAAUGAAUACCAUAAAUAUGUUCCAAUGAAACCGGAUGGUUCACCCUUGAUAAUACCCCUUCAUGCUGAUGGCUUGAGUUGUGAACGGGUAAAUGAUGCUCAAAAUGCUCGGGUUAAUGGGACAACAAAAUGGCAGCAACUUCAAGGGAUGAUACCUAACAUUCAAGAAUGGCACAAGAGAUGUUUGCUUCUUCAGGACAUAUUUGAUGAACUGUACACAGGAACGAGUGCAAGGGAAGUUGGAACAUUAUUUCAUUUAAAGAAUUACUUUGAGCAAAGAAAUGUUACUGGAAAUGUGAAGGAAUCUUUCAAUUACAAUGAAGAAUUCUUGGAGUUUUGUACAGAGGGAUAUAUCACUUUGCUUGCUCUGAACAUUUUAGACAUGGAAAAUCUGACAGAUGUUCCAGAUGUGGAUGAUAAAGUUUCAUGCCUCCACAACACUUCAAGCAAAGUGAUAGACAGUGUAUUUCAAUCUAUAUCAUCUGUUGUUCAGAAAAUUACAAAAACAGGCGAGAGGACACAAGAAAAUGAGCUAUAUCCAUUUUGUAUCUGUAAGUUGGAAAAGCCAGGAGCUAUCAUGAUUUUUUGCAAUAACAAAAACUGCACAAGAGGAAUCUGGUUCCAUAUAGAGUGUGUGGAAAUGGAAGAGGAAGACAUUCCAGAGGGUGUUUGGUAUUGCAGUACUGAUUGUGAAAAAGAGAAGUCAGCUAGAAGAACAAAGAAAAAGACGACGGCAACCACUUUAACAGAUUUUAAAAUGGAUUAUGUCCUUCUCCUCAUCUGGCGAGGGCUUUCGCAGAUGUCAAGGAAAGAUGCUAUUAGGGAGAACAAUGGGAAGAUGAUGAUAAUCCAUUGGAAAUUUGAUCUCCUGCAGUUUUUUUCCAGACACCACCCAAAAUACUUCCUCUUGUGCACCAGACUGCUCCUAGCAGUAAAUGGUGCAGUUUCACCUAGGUUACAAAAGACAUUGAUUUGGAACAGAACCAUCAGUUCCAAUGGUGGACUGGGGAAGAACAUUGAAAUGGAUUUGCAAAUGGAGUACUUCAAUAAGGAGUACAAAGAGAGUGUUAAAGAUGCCGCAGGACACUUGACACCCGACACAGUGGCAAGGCACAGCCAAAUGAUUGGGAUAGGGAAAGAGGUUGCCAAGGUGUACGACAUAAGUGUGAGUGGUAUGUCAGGACGCACUAUCCACAAGGGUGGGGGAGUUGAUAGAUCAAAAGACUUUUCUGACUUUAUCGAGCUUCUUCUUCCCGAGAAAAUCUUUUGUGCUCAUCCAGGAAGACAUUAUAAAAGUUUUCCUGAUGUUGACGUAAAUGUACAUGCAAAAGCCCAUCCCAAAACCAUUCGAGAAAGACUGGAGAGAAUACGAAAAGAGGAGAGCAGGAAGUUGAAGAGAAGAAAUAAAAUGUUAGAAUAGGGGACAAUUUUGUAGACUUAGUUUUUAUGUUGUAUUUGAAAUAUAUUGGCGUUUUGACCUUGCAUUAUUUCCAACGAACUUAUCAGAAUGUGUAUAUCAUUUGCAAAUUCUUUUUUGUCCAUUAGUUCUUUAUGUGCAAGACUUAAAAUUUUAAGAAAUCUCUUUAGACAGUUAAAAUCCAAUCUCAUUUUUUGGGGUUGUAGUGUACUAAUCAAAAUAAAAUUGAAAUGAC